AUGAAGGCUGUUGGCGGGGUAACGUUUAAUUUUGAUGAAUCUGUUUUGGUUGAGGACCGGAAGCUUCAGAUUCCACUCAACUUUUACAAAACCGGCCACAACUUUACCACACAGUUCAAACUUCAACUAAUUCAGUCCCAUACCACACGGAAUAUUACUAUCAACACCGUUGAAACUGUUAAUUUUAGUGAUAAAACGGUUAAUUUUAGUGAUAAAACGGUUAAUUUUAGUGACAAAAGUGUGACAGAUGUUACGGGUGAGAUUGUGAAAGAUGUUACGGGGGAGAGUGUGAAAGAUGUUACGGGGGAGAGUGUGAAAUUUGGAUAUUUGGAUAGUAAACAGUUGGAGGAAUUAAUAGACGAAAACUGUGUAGCCACGAGAAAUGUGUACAAUUCUGUGAUCACUGAGACGAUUAACGAGUUUCAACGGCUGGAAUUACUUGAAAAACAGAAACUUGAACGGGAAAACUUUGAAAAAAAACGCAUAGAACAGGAGAAAUUAGAAAAUCAACGCAAACAAAUCCAAAACUCACACAAUGAAAAUUUAACUUUACACAAUGAAAAUUUAACUUUACAGGGUGAAAAAUUAACUUUACAGGGUGAAAAAUUAACUUUACAGGGUGAAAAAUUAACUUUACAGGGUGAAAAAUUAACUUUACAGGGUGAAAAAUUAACUUUACAGGGUGAAAAAUUAACUUUACAGGGUGAAAAAUUAACUGUUGGCGCUAAUAAAUUUGAUGACAUUUCAUGGGAUUAUGUGCCGAAGAAUAGGACGAUUUUAUUUUUUGACGACUUGAGGGAAAAGUUUAUCAAAUUUGAGCGGAUUUACUCUGAGGUAAGGUCAAAUUCUGAGCUUAAACAGGUCAGAAUUGACCUGAGUAAACGUGUUAAAAUCUGCUUAAACAGCAUUGCAAAUACUCAAAAACAAGUUGAUUUAACCUUUAAAACUUUAUCCUCACUUUUGCAACAGUGUAACUCAGAGGAUUUGAAAAUUUUUACCCUCUUCAAAAUCGUCGAGGGUGUUUUAAACUGCUGCGAACAGGGCCAAAUUUACAUUAAUCCCAAGUCCGUAUGGUCAUUUUCACGCCUACUUGCCUCAAUUGACAAGAUCAACCCCGACUUCAACACCAUUUUCAUCACUCUCCUCACCUUGAAAACAAAGUUAAUUAUUCCCAAAUUUUAUCUCACCAGAAAUGACACAUUUAGUGAAGCUAAUGUGGGCCAGAAUAUGACACCGGAUAACACUGUGGAGCUGGGAAAGUUGUAUGAAUAUCCCGUGGACGUGAAUGAGGAGAUCGUGUAUAAUAAAAGACUAUCAUCGUAUUUGAGAUUAUAUUUAUCAUAUUUAUGUAUAAAGAACGAUUUUACAACGAUUUGGAGUUACUACGCCAACGUCGUAAACUCGAGCUGGAACACCAUUUUCAUACAAUUCAUCCCCUGCAUCCUCAUCACAAUCUUAAAUAUUACUUCCUAUUUCAUGCAUAACAUUUAUAAACUACAAUUCAAAAAGGUAUUGGUGAAUAUAAAUAAGUUACUGAAUGAGAAAUUAAUGCGAUGUAAUAAUACAUCAUCAGUUCAAAUGUACAUUGGACAAUUACAACAGUUUUAUCAUGAUUUUAAUAGUGGAGUCAAAUUGACUGAGCCGGAAGGCUAUAAAAUGAAAUAUAAAGAAGAAGACUUAAGAAAUGAUAUUUAA